UUUAGGGAAAAUUUUUUUUAACCUUCCAAAGUAUGCGUUUUUUUUUACUUUGCCAUAUAAAGUUUUUUUUUUUGACAAAUUACCUCCCAAUCUAAUCGAAACUAACACAUUACCUCCUAACACACGAUUCCGGCCGUUCUUUGCACCGGAGAAAGCACGUGCGCGGCACAUGUGAGGGUAGAAUCGUCCGUUCACGUAAUGUUAUAAUACAAAAUCCCAAAAUCUGAUGAAAUCGAACCAUUUCUUCUUCAUUUCUUCUCUUUCAAAAUCGACCCAAAUCUGAGAAUGUGGAGGCAAACCUCUGAAUUAAUUGUUGACGAUUUCUGCAAUUGUGGUCACGCCGCUGUGAAGAAGACCUGUUGGACUGACCCUAACGCGGGCCGAAGGUACUCGGCAUGUGCAAAACAUCGGGAAUUGGGUGGUUGUACAUAUUUCAUUUGGAUUGAUCCACCAAUGUGCAUGAGGUCUCGACAAGUAAUACCCAGGUUGCGCAAAAGAGUGGAUCGUCUUGAGGCUGAAAUAAGACGCAAGAAUAUUAGGGAGAAAAUAUUGUUGUUUGUUUUACUUGUAUCUUGGAUUGUGGUGUACUUGAGCAAGUAAUGACUUAUGUAUAAGACUAAAUGAAUGCUUGUUUCUUUUGAUGGUUGAAUGAAUGGAUUGUGGUGUUUCUUUUCA